AUGAGCUCUGACCUCCUGUCCAGAUCAGACUCAGGACCAAAAGACUCCAGAUUCUCAGCAGCAGAAGAGCUUGUGUUUGUGGAUCAGCGGCUGGUUGUCAAGCAGCAAAGUGCAGGAGAAUCAGGUAAAAGCACGAUUGUGAAACAGAUGAGGAUUCUUCACGUCGAUGGCUUCAACGCUGAAGAAAAGCAGCAGAAGACUCAGGACAUCAGGAAAAACGUGAAGGACGCCAUCGUGGAGUUCUUUGAGCAUGCUCAGAAGCUCUGGGAGGAUGACGGUGUCAGGGAAUGUUUCGAACGCUCCAACGAAUAUCAGCUGAUCGACUGCGCUCAGUAUUUUCUGGACAAGUUGGACUCAGUCAGAAGGACGGACUAUACGCCCACUGACCAGGAUUUGUUGCGCUGCAGAGUUUUGACUUCGGGGAUAUUUGAAACCAGGUUCCAGGUCGACAAGGUCAACUUCCAUAUGUUUGAUGUAGGCGGACAGAGGGAUGAACGCAGGAAGUGGAUUCAGUGCUUCAACGAUGUGACGGCCAUCAUCUUCGUCGCCGCCAGCAGCAGCUACAACAUGGUCAUCAGAGAGGACAACUCCACCAAUCGACUGCGAGAGUCUCUGGACCUCUUCAGGUCCAUCUGGACCAACAGGUUUCUGAAGACCAUAUCCGUGAUCUUGUUCCUGAACAAACAGGACGUCCUCGCUGACAAAAUUCUGGCUGGAAAAUCUAAAUUGGAGGAUUAUUUUCCUGAAUACAACAACUACACAGUUCCUGUUGAUGCUGUUCCAGAUGCUGAUGAAGACGCUAGUGUGACCCGAGCCAAGUUCUUCAUCAGAGACGAGUUUCUGCGGAUCAGCACGGCGAGCGGCGAUGGGAAACAUCACUGUUAUCCUCACUUCACCUGUGCAGUGGACACUGAGAACAUCCGGCGUGUCUUCAACGACUGUCGUGACAUCAUUCAGCGCAUGCACCUGCGGCAGUACGAGCUGCUCUGAUUGGCUUCUGGGGGAUCACAUGUCUAGCGACUGAUAUCUAAUCAAUAGCUAAUCAAUACUGAUAGAUCCUGAUAAAUGUAUAACUGCUAUGACCACAGACAUUUAAUACAUAACUAUUGACGUUUAUUGAUUAGGACAUAUAUUCAGUACCUUUAUUUUGUGCAGCUGUUUGACACAGGGGGUUGUGGGUAGUGUAGUUCCGAUGUCAAAAGAAGAAAGGAUGUUAUUUACCUUGAUGUUAUUGAAGGCAUCAUAAUUAAGGGGGCGGGGUUAAGGAAAAAUCGAAAUCUAUUUUUUCAUGUUUGUUAUGAAGAACUCUUCUGAUUGGCUGUUUCAUUUUCUGAAAUCUUGUAGAUUUG